AUGGAAAACUUUACUUUAAGUCUCAUCAUUAAUGACUCCAAGGAAACCUUUGCUACGACAGACGUACCCUGCUUCACUUUUACGAACCAUCUCAUUUUGAAGGUGCUCAUGGUCUUUGCCUACGUUCUUGUGAUCGGCACUUCCAUCAUAGGUAAUACUUUACUGGCAUUUAUCUACUUCAAGAGCAAAAAGAUGAAGACCACAAUCAACUGCUGCAUCAUGAACAUGGUUCUCGCGGACCUUCUUGUUACCUUAGUCUACAUGCCGAGGAUGGUCGCUCGGAUUCUCAUCAGCCUUGAAUGGUUGGUGGAGGGCACUCUAGGACUUUUUCUUUGUGUACUUGUGUCUUUGUCCCAAGAAAUCUCAAUAUGCGUAUCAAUUCUAACAGUUGUUCUCAUCGCCUUUGAGAGAUUCCUAGCCGUAACGUUCCCAUUACGAGUUGUCAUCUCAAAGAAGCUCUCCAUAUGCUUGCUGUGUGGUACUUGGCUGUUGUCACUAGCUGCGCGAUCCCCAAUGCUCUACGGCGUCAAAACGAUUCGAUUUCAAUCCGGUGAGUUAGGCUGCUUUUGGAUCGGCUCUCUCAGCUUCCAAACGAAGCAAUCAAGAAGGUCGUACCAGGAGUCUAUGUUAGUUAUAUUCUAUGGUCUGCCUCUGCUUAUCAUAAUCACAAUAUACACUGUGAUUGCGGUCUUCUUAAGACGUCGUCAUGCCCUGAUUGACAACGUCACAAGAGAUUGCGUAUUAGCUACGACUAGAAAGGUGAAUAAAAUGAUCCUGGCCGUAAUAACAGCUUUCCUUCUAUGCUGGUUGCUGUAUUUCCUCGUCAUACCGUUACAGGAGUUUUGGAAUGUGGUUAUCCCCUGUGAGGUUCAGUUCUUGCGGUUUUACCUUGGGCACUUGAACAGUGCAUGCAACCCGAUCAUAUGUUUUGCGUUUAGUGAGAAUUUUCGAAGAGCUAUUCAGAUAAAAUGGCGAGAACUGAAAAUUGAAAGGUCAAGAAUUAUCAGGCUUGCACAUGCGCCGUCGAAAAGAGACCGUUCACGAUCUAACAUUGAGUUGCUCAGUGUAAGAUCCUUGGGAAGUUAG